AUGCCUCUCGCUGAGAAAGGAGACCGCUCUUCUCUCGCGACAUCCGAAGUGCCGCCUGUGGAUGGGACGCCAGCCAUCAAGAAGAGGUUCAACUUUUGGACAGCAUUCGGCGUUGCCGUCUGCACCUCGGGCGCCUGGGAAGGCUGGACGGCUUCCAUAGCCCAAGGACUUGCGGGCGGCGGCCCAGUCUGCCUCCUUUGGGGCUGGCUCAUCGUCUCAGUCGGCAUCAUCUGCAUGGCAUGUGCCUUGGCCGAAUUCGUGAGCUUCAUGUGGCCUUCCGCUGGGGGUCAGUACGUCUGGGCGGCCAAUCUCGCUCCGGUGAAGUACUCUCGCAGCCUGAGUUGGGCGACUGCAUGGUUGGGGGUGGCUGGCCUUUGGCUGGGUGCUCUGUCUUGUGGUAUGGGGGUCGCUGUUCAGAUCCAAUCCUAUGUGAUUGUUACGACAGACUAUGAUCCAAAGACUUGGCACGCCUUCUUAAUCUGUAUCGCUUGCAUGCUAUGCUGGGCCGCUGUCAACAUUUUCUCCGUGCAGUUCUUGCACUACAUGAACACAGCAAUUCUCGUGCUUCAUGUUGUCGGGUAUCUGGUAGUCAUUGGCGUCUUGGCGGGGUACACGAAAGAAAAACACGAGGCCGCAUUCGUGUUCACCAACUUCCAGAACAGAACUGGUUGGGACAGUGACUUUGUUGCCUGGUCGGUCGGUCUUCUCUCUGCGCUAUAUGCAUACUUUUCCCUCGACACGGUGACGCAUUUCAGUGAGGAGAUUCCUCGAGCGAAUGUGGUCGUUCCUCGAGCAAUGAUACUGCAAGCCGGCGCUACCGCGUUAAUGACGCUCCCGUUCAUCAUCACGGUUCUCUUCUGCAUCGGAGACAUUGACGAGGUGCUUGCCUCGCCCAUCGGGGUCAUGAGCCCUUUCACGCAGAUCCUCAUCAACAGCACGUCGAACGUUGGCCUAUCCUGCUUCCUCAAUUGUAUCAGCUCGGUCGUGGCCAUGACGGCCGGGUUCGAUCUCUGGGGCGCCGCCGCCCGCGCCAUCUGGAGCAUGGCGCGCGACCAGGCCCUACCUGGGGCUUUUGCCAAGCUGCACCCUCGCCUCGACGUGCCCGUCCUUGCCAACCUUGUCCUUCUAUUGCCGUCAGUUGCUGUUUUUAUGAUCUACAUCUGGAAUACGACGGCAUUCUAUGGUAUCAUGGCGGGGGUUCUCGUCGCGUUCCAGCUAUCCUAUGUUCUGCCUAUCGGUAUCAAUAUUUUCUACGCAGCCUGGUGGAGGCCAGACCUAGUCAAAGGCCCAUUUAAUAUGGGAAGGAUUUCUCUCCCAGUGCAUAUUAUCGCGUUUUUCUUUGGCUGCUACAUGGUUUUGUUCAUGUCAUUCCCCGUUUACAACCCCGUCACCGCCGCCAAUAUUAUUAUCGGCGCUACCUUGAUUUUUGCCCUCGCCCUUUGGCUAGUCUACGGUCGGAAACGCUACUACGGACCCUUGGAAUUCACAGCAAUGGAGGUUGGGCAGAUUGAUGCUAUAGUGUCCAAGGCGGCGCAAAGCUAG